GCAACAUCUUCAAUCGCCAAAAUGAAGCUUUCCAUCCUGGCCACCAUUCUCCCCCUCGCUCUGGGCAGCGUCAUUCCCCGUGCCGACAGAGGCAGCUAUGCUGUUGACGGCCUGGGUGCGCGCAAGCAGGAGCUGCUGGCGGCUGGCGCCAACACCAUGGACAUGGCCAUUGCCAUGCUCGAGACCGAGAACAUGGGAACCGACUACAAAUAUGGCGAUGGCAAGAGCGGUGACGCUACAAACUUUGGUAUCUUCAAGCAAAACUGGAUGAUGCUGCGCCUGUCAGCGUCCGAGUUCAAGGGCAUGUCUGCCGAGGAGGUGGACGAGGGAGCCGUCCUCAACGAGGAUCUCGGAAAGGAUAUCCAGGCCCGCCACGACUCCGAGGAGUUCUACGGCUUCGACAAGUGGUGUGGUGGCCACCGCAAUGGCGAGACUGGCCUCGGCAACCCUGACACCGACGAUAUCCACAACUACAUGGCUGGUAUCACCUGGAUUCAGGAGCAGAUUGAGAGCGAUGAAAAGUUCCAGACUGACGACACCCGCUUCUGGGUUGAUGUCGUUCCCAUCUAA